AUGGCUGAUGCAGUAGGUUCAGCCUCUGCGAAGAGAAUGUGUUGUUCGGUGCCUGAGAGACUCCAACUGCAUGGGGCCAUGCUGGCCUUGCAGUUUGGCUAUGCUGGUUUCCAUGUUGUCUCUAGAGCUGCCCUCAACAUGGGCAUUAGCAAGCUUGUCUUCCCUGUUUACAGGAACAUCAUCGCUCUGCUUAUGCUCCUUCCCUUUGCCUAUUUUCUAGAGAAGAAGGACAGGCCUGCAAUUACACUAAACUUUCUCGUUCAGUUCUUCCUCCUGGCGCUUAUUGGAAUAACAGCAAACCAAGGAUUCUACUUGCUGGGGUUGGACAACACAUCUCCAACCUUUGCUUCUGCCAUCCAAAACUCCGUCCCAGCCAUCACCUUCCUCAUGGCAGCCGUACUCAGGAUUGAGCACGUGAGGAUAAACCGAAAAGACGGUAUCGCAAAGGUGAUCGGAACAAUUUUCUGCGUGGCCGGAGCCUCCGUAAUCACUCUGUACAAGGGUCCCACCAUAUACAGCCCAACUCCCCCACUGCAGAUGAUGAGAUUGAUGGGCAAUGCUACCUCCAUAGUAUCAUCAUCAUCAUCAUCCUCAUCAUCUUCAUCAGCAAUAAUGUCAACACUUGGUGAUGCAAAUGGCAAGAGCUGGACUCUGGGUUGCCUGUACCUGAUCGGGCAUUGCCUGUCGUGGUCCGGCUGGCUCGUCUUCCAAGCCCCGGUUCUGAAGAAGUACCCAGCUCGGCUCUCUGUGACCUCCUACACCCUCUUCUUUGGUCUCAUACAGUUCAUCGUAAUCGCUGCCAUUUUUGAGAGAGACGGUCAGGCUUGGAUCUUUCACAACGGAGGAGAAGUCUUCAGCAUCGUAUACGCGGGAGUGGUUGCUUCAGGGAUCGCAUUCGCUGUACAGAUAUGGUGCAUAGACAGAGGGGGCCCUGUCUUUGUUGCUGUAUAUCAACCUGUUCAGACCCUCGUUGUCGCUAUAAUGGCCUCCGUUGCUUUAGGCGAAGAAUUCUACUUGGGCGGGAUAAUUGGGGCGGUGCUGAUCAUAGUGGGACUGUACCUAGUGCUGUGGGGUAAAAGCGAAGAAAGAAAGUUUGGUCAAAUAGCUCAAGCAAACAGCAGGGCUGGAAUUCUGUCCACUCAGGAGCACGCAAACAACAGGAAAAGCCAAGCCAAGACGUCCCUCACUCAGCCACUCAUCCCUCCAUCAACCGAAAAUGUUUGA